AUGAACCUUCGUCUGUUUCUCCUGAGCCUUGCGGGCCUCGUUGCUGCCACCCCCAUGGGGCUGGUGGAACGCCAGACCUCCGAUGGUAACGAACUGCGCGACGGUUCCUGCAAGCCCAUCAUCUUCAUCUUCGCCCGUGCCUCGACCGAGCCCGGUCUCCUCGGUAUCUCGACCGGUCCCGCGGUCUGCAAUGAUCUCAAGAUGGCCAAGAUGGGCCAGGUCAUCUGCCAGGGUGUUGGACCGGACUACACGGCGGAUCUCAUCUCCAACGCGCUCCCGGAUAACACGUCCCCGGCGGCCAUCAGUGAGGCGGAGAGUCUCUUCAAUCUCGCCUCCACCAAGUGUCCUACCAGUCAGAUUCUGGCGGGUGGAUAUAGCCAGGGAACGGCGGUGAUGGACGACUCUAUCAAGAAGCUUUCGGAUGAGGUCAAGAACAAGAUCAAGGGUGUGGUGCUGUUCGGAUACACCCGCAAUGCCCAGGAAGGCGGCCAGAUCCAGGACUUCCCCAAGGAGAAGGUCAAGAUCUACUGCGCCGUGGGCGACAUGGUCUGCGAUGGCACCCUGAUCGUGACGAUGUCGCACUUCACCUACAUCAUGAAUACCGGCGAAGCCUCGCAGUGGCUGGAGUCCCAGCUGGGUGCUUCCACGUCGUCGGCCACCACCACGGACACCUCCAGCUCCACGGGAUCGGACUCCUCGCAGUCGUCGUCGGCGGGCGGAUUGGCCAGCCUGCUGGGUGGAGGGUCGUCCUCCGGUGCUCCCUGGUCGGACACUUAA